UCCAUUGGCACGGCUUAUCUCUAACUAGCAAUAACCAAUAUGACGGAGUUCCGGGAUUAACACAGUGUCCGAUCCCCAACGAUGGCAGUUUUCUCUAUCAUUUUACUGUUACUCAAUUUGGCACUUAUUGGUACCAUUCACACUCCGGGGGUCAAUUUGUUGAUGGUCUCAAAGGCCCAUUAAUUAUUAAUAAUCCUAAUGACCCCUAUCUUACACAAUACGAUUUCGAAUACGUGAUAACACUAUCAGAAUGGUAUAACCUUCCAACAAAUGUUCUGGAUCCAAUUCUUCUUUCUCCUAGUUAUGGAGGUGGUGAACCUAACCCUAUUUCUGGAGACAUUAGCGGCAAAGGUCAAUAUAAUUGUACUUUAGCCCCUAACAAUACAUGUAACCCGAAUAAUGGAGUCGCCAAAUAUGUUGUUCAAAGUGGUAAAAGAUAUAGAUUUAGAAUUAUUAAUAUGAGCGGGGCAGCUCAUUAUAUAUUUUCGAUUGAUGAACAUCCGCUUACUCUUAUUGAAGUUGAUGGAAAUUUAAUAAACAAUGUCACUCUAAAUACGAUUCCAAUUAAUACUGCACAGCGAUAUUCAGUAAUUCUUAAUGCUAAUAUGCCAGUUAAAAAUUAUUAUAUUCGUGCAAAACUUUCGACUUGCACAGCGAUAAAUCAAUCUCUAAGUUCUGACUAUCCAUUAGAUCCUAAUGUUUUGGGAGUUUUAAGAUAUGAAGGCGCAAAUGACACAAUUCCAGAUUCAAUAGCUUAUCCGCUCAAUCAAUCAGAUGAAUGUAGUGAUGUGAAUCCAAAUAUUUUAAAGCCACUUGAAUUUAAACCGCCUAAUAAUGCUACUCAUGAGAUUGAUUUUAAUAUUACUUUUGGCAAUUUACCAACGACUGGAGGAAUGGCUUUUAUUAAUAACUCAAGCUUUGUGUCUAAUGCUGGUUAUCCUACAAAUCGAAAAAUUAUGGAUUUACAAGGUGACAACUUUUUGAAAGAGCAAAAUGCUUAUGCAUAUGAAUGCAGCACUGAGAAUUGUGUAGGUGAUGCUGUUGAUAUCUAUAUUAGUGUUAACACUCCUCAGUCUCAUCCUUUUCAUAUGCAUGGACACAGUUUUUUCGUUAUAUAUAAUGGACAAAAUGCUUCUGGCGUUGGACCUCCAGAUCCAUCUAAUUUUAAUUUAAUUGAUCCUGUUUAUCGCGAUACAGUAACUGUUCAAGGAAAUAGUGUUACUGUGAUUCGUUACCCUAUAGACAAUCCUGGC